CACCGUGUCUGUGUUCUGUGGUGUUAGCUAAACAGCAUGACCUGCCUGUGUCCCAAUGACAGACUCUUCGGUUUGAGGUGGUUUACUGAUUUCUCAGUGAAAUAAACGAGGUUGAGUCGGAUCCUGUCAGUCUGUGAAGAUGCCAGCUGGUGUCUCUUGGCCUCGGUACGUCAGGAUGUUUGCAGCCAGUAUUCUGGCCAUGUUUGCUGGAGCACAGGCCGUCCACCAGUACUACCUACCUGAUCUGAGUAUACCAGAAGUCCCACCUAAGCCUGGGGAGCUUAGGACAGAACUACAAGGCUUCAAAAUCAGAGAAGAAGCCUUACAGCAGCUUAAAGCAGAGCAACGUGUGGACUAAUGUGCAACUGUACUUGCUCUGCGUAAUGGACGCUCACCAGAACAAUGUCCAGUUCUUGCCAACAGAUAAAGGCUGCAGCGUACCAGGGAGUAUCGACAUUUCUGGGAUGUCUGCAAAUGAUUAUUUUCUGUGAUUACCAUUUUCUUCCAAUGGACCUAACAGGAAUGGAAUAAUUUGCUACUCCAACAGUUGGCCGUCCGAGACAAGGAUCUUAUCUGGAGCUCAUGUGUUGUUCAUAUGUCUCUUCAUUCUUUUUGUGUUUGCUUCUUUUGAAGGAGGAAUGAAAUCUGUAAAUGAGUAGUGACUAAAGUCAGAAAUGAGUUAAUGACUUCCAUUCAACAGAUGAAAUGUAUUUUAAAUAAAAAUAUCAAACCGUAA